UCCUUCAGAGCUCUGUUAUCUCUGUUCUUUUGCUGCUUUCUCACUUCACUCUGAUUGAGGAGAGGAGGGAGAGAGAGAGAGAGAGAGGAGAGGAGAGAGAGAGAAGCUACAAACAACCAACACCAAAUGCAAAUGCAGGCAUUCUCUUUCUGGGCCUUCCCCACUUCAACUUUCCCGCUCUCUUAAUCAUAUAUGAAAUAUAAUCUCUCUCUCCUCCUCUCUCUCUAGUUCUUUAUUACAGUUAUGAAAUUAUGAGAGAUUAAGUUGUCAUCCCUCUGUUCAUCUUUUUAGGAUGCAUUAAAUUUGCAUUUCUCCAGAAAAGAAAAAGAAGAUGAAUAACAGAGUACGCACUAAUUUUCAGACCAUGAAAGCUGCUCCUGCUAUAAAUCAUGAUACUAAUAAAAAGAAGAUGGAUUCUCAGAAGAGCAGAGCAAUGGGCACUGAGAGAACUGCAAUCAAUCGGCGUAAAUCGAACCGUGAAAGAAAAAUGGCAUUGCAGCAAGAUGUUGAUAAGCUGAAGAAGAAGCUCAGACAUGAAGAGAACGUCCACAGAGCAUUGGAGAGGGCUUUUACAAGACCAUUGGGAGCUCUGCCUCGUCUUCCUCCUUAUCUCCCUUCACAUACAUUAGAACUUCUAGCUGAAGUAGCUGUUUUAGAAGAGGAGGUUGUUCGGCUCGAAGAGCAGGUUGUGAAUUUUAGACAAGGUCUCUAUCAGCAAGCUGUGUAUCUGUCCUCCAACAGGAGUGUCGAAACUUCGAAUGAUUCAAUUGAGCAGACCCCGGUUCGAGUCUCUAAACAUCAGAGGUCAAAAUCUAUGUCACAUAAUGAGUUCAUGUCAGCCGCAUCAGCCAGCAGGAUUCCACCUUCGCUUGCUCGAUGCGCUUCGAGCAGAAGGAUGAUGUCCACUCAUCAUAUCGUCUCUGAUCGAAUAGGGAAUUGUUCUGGUAGGCAAGUCAAUGGAAAACAAACUCCCAGGAAACCCAAUUCCAUAACACCAAUUGCAGAAGAUGGUAGAGGAAAAGAGAAUCGGUUAUGCUCUAAUGCGGUGAAGGAUAAGCAAUCUCCUGACAAGAAAACUGCUAAAAUUGUAACCCCAGUAAAGAAAUCACCUACAAAACAUGAAUCCGUGGCAAAGUGUUCGGACGUGUUGAAGUUAGAGCUAGAAUGCAGAUUAGUAGACCAGGAAAGAGCACAUGAGAGUUCAUCUAGUUCUUCGGAUGAUAGGGAUCCGGAUGCUGAUGUCACUCCUAAUAAAGUGUCCGAGGAUAUUGUGAAGUGUUUGUCCAGCAUUUUUGUGAGGAUGAGCAGUUUGAAGGACAAGGGAGAGGAAGUGCGAAGUUCUAGAUCAACAUUAUCUGCUCAUGCAGCAAAUGGAGAGAUGGGAUUUCAAGAUCCUUAUGGUAUUUGUUUGGAAUUCAGAAACAUAGACGUUGGCCCCUAUAAAGAUCUCCAUUCGAUUGAUAUUGGUUCAGUUGAUCUCAACAGAACAACAAGCACAUUAAUUCUGAUGCACAGAUUAAAGUUCCUACUUGGAAAGCUUGCCACUGUGAAUCUGGAGGGUCUAAACCAUCAGCAGAAGCUUGCAUUUUGGAUCAACACUUAUAAUUCCUGCAUGAUGAAGGCAUUUUUAGAGCAUGGGAUACCCGAGACUCCUGAAAUGGUUGUAGGUCUAAUGCAAAAGGCAACAAUAGGUGUCGGGGGACACUCGCUAAAUGCAAUUACAAUCGAGCAUUUCAUUUUAAGACUGCCCUAUCACUUAAAAUUUACAUGUCCAAAAGCUGCGAAAAAUGAUGAGAUGAAAGCUCGCAGCGUUUUCGGAUUGGAGUGGUCCGAACCCUUGGUUACGUUUGCACUUUCGUGUGGAAGCUGGUCCUCCCCCACUGUGAGAGUGUACUCAGCAGCCCAUGUGGAAGAAGAGUUGGAAGCAGCAAAAAGGGAGUACAUACAGGCAGCAGUUGGCAUUUCAAAGAUAAACAAACUGAUCAUCCCCAAACUUUUGGAUUGGUAUUUACUCGAUUUCGCAAAGGAUUUGGAGUCAUUGGUUGAUUGGGUUUGCAUGCAGCUACCAAAUGAACUGAGAAAUGAGGUAGUUCAAUGCCUUGAAGGGAGGGGAAGGGAGGAGCCCUUUUCACAGAUGGUGCAAAUAAUGCCAUACAAUUUCAGCUUCAGGCUGCUCUUACAGCGAUGAAAGACGCAUUUUGUUUAAAAAAAAAAUUUGGUCCAAUUCUAUAGUAUGCAUGGUCUUUGUGAACAUUGGUUAUGGUGCUGGGUUUGUUGAGGGAAACUUGGUAGGCGUCCGACAGCUCUCACAUUGGAUGGAACCAGUACGUUGGUCGAGUGUGACCAAAAUAAAGGAGGUCCCGUGCUUUUCUAAGAGUUGCUGUAACACUAGUUUUUCUUGGGUUUGUAUAUUGGUAUAGUAAACAAGGUAUGAAAAGUGCAUAUAAAGUUGGGUUUGGGGAAGAAGCGCAAUUUUUUUGGAGUCAUUUUUUGUGUAUCUUUUCAAGAUAAUGAAUCGAACUAUGAAUUAACA